AUGUUGGCAUCAAGGGCUCUACUUUUAAAGCAAGCUGCAGCUGUGCUGAGCCGCCAGCCUGCUUGCUUGGUGCACCAGGGAGACUGGGGGAACUGGGGGAACACCAACGUUGCUGUGGUGUUCUCUGGCUGUGGCUGGUGGGAUGGAACUGAUGUUCAUGAGGCUGCUUACACCAUGUAUCACUUGAGCCGUAAUGGCGCACGCUUUCAGAUCUUCGCACCCAACCAGCAGCAGAUGCAUGUCAUGGACCACAUGAAGAUGCAACCCUCCUCUGGAGAGAACAGGAACAUGAUGGUGGAGUCUGCCCGCUUCAGCCACGGUCAGGGCAUGAUGCAGAUGCAGGACCUCUCCAGGCUGGAUGUCAACAGCUUUGAUGCAGUCAUCUUCCCUGGAGGCCACGGCAUUGUCAAGAACUUGUCCAGCUUUAACAAGGAUGGAAAGGACUGCAAGCUUCACAACGAUGUAGAGAGGGUGCUGAAGGAAUUCCACCGUUCUCGCAAACCGAUUGGUUUGUCCAGCAUGUCUCCUCUGCUGGCCUGCCGGGUGCUGCCAAAUCUGGAGGUUACCAUGGGUUAUGAGCGGGAUGAGAGCAGUCGCUGGGGCCGCUGGCCCAACACCAACAUGGUGCAGGCCGUCAAGAGCAUGGGAGCUCGUCACAACAUCCGCGAGCCUUACGAGGCCCAUGUGGACGAGAAGAACAAGGUGGUCAGCACUCCAACCUUCAUGUGGGAGACAGAUUACCACUACCACUACAUUUUUGACGGCAUUGGAAACAUGGUCAAGCAUGUCAUGCGCAUGACCUCAAAGUGAGUCCU